CCGCGCGGUCACGUGAGGACGGGAGCAGGAAAUGCCGUCACCCGAGCGACGCAAACCAGAAGCGGCGCCCUCGCCGGCGCGCUGCCCCGGGCGGUGGCGGAAGGGCGUUCUGGGGCUUGGGGAUCUGUGCGCCCCGCUAUGGGCCGCCGGCGGGCAGCGCGCGGGUCAGGGGCCGAGGGCAGCCGCGUUCGCCGUCCCCGGGGCCGCUCUCUGGAGACUUUCGCCGAAGAGGUGGGCGCCGCGUUGCGCGGUGAGUGCGUCGGUAGAGCCAGAAGCUGCUGAGGAUGAGGGCGGCCCGAACCCAGCCACGCUGCCCUUCGCGCUGGCUAUGUGGGAUUUGGGCCAUUGCGACCCCCGGCGCUGCACGGGUCGCAAGCUGGCCCGCCUGGGCCUGGUACGCUGCCUGCGCCUGGGCCACAGGUUCGGCGGGCUGAUACUCAGCCCCAUGGGCUCCCAGUAUGUGUCCCCGGAGGACAGACAGCUGGUUGCUCAGGCUGGAGUCGCAGUCAUAGACUGCUCUUGGGCCAGACUGGGUGAGACGCCUUUUGGGAAGAUGCGAGGGAAGCACUUGCGACUGCUGCCUUAUCUGGUGGCUGCGAACUCCGUGAACUAUGGCAGGCCCUGCAAACUCUCCUGCGUGGAAGCUUUUGCCGCUGCCUUCUAUAUUGUGGGCUUUUCAGAUCUUGCUGUCAUUUUGCUGCGGAAAUUUAAGUGGGGCAAAGGCUUCUUGGAGCUGAACCACCAGCUCCUAGACAACUAUGCAGCCUGCAGUGGACCUGAGGAAGUGCUACAAGCAGAGCAAGAGUUCUUGGCCUGUGCCAAGGAGGCUCCUGAGGAGGAGGAAAUUGACCCAUUUGAUGUGGAUUCAGGGCGAGAGUUUGCAAAUCCCAACAGGCCUGUGGCUACUAUCCGGCUACCCAUGGACACAGAUGAAAGUGAUGAGUCCGAAGAACAAGAGCCUGAAGACAGUGAUGGAGAAACCAACAGCUGCUCCCAGGAGGCAACUCUGGAACAAGGGGAUGAGGCCAUGGCCUCAAGUGAGACUUAGAAAGGAAUCAAGAAACGGCAGUCUGAAGGUUGCAGACACAUUGUUUAAACAGGGUAGUAAGAACUCCAGAGAUAGAAGAAACAAGGGUGGCAGUGGUAGCCGCUGCAAUUGUGGAUAGAGUGGAGCUUAUUGCAACACAGGGAUAGGCUUGCUGGGUUGGAGCUACUUUGGAGCUCUCAAUGAAGCUAUGGACUGAGAAGGAG